AUGGAUGCAGAGGAACAGGCACCCUCACGAUUCCCAUUCGUGGGUUCCAUAAAACAGCGUCAGACAUCUACCACUGAAUAUUUCGAUGAUCAGGAUGCUGCCGGAGAGACAAAUGCGUCUUUUGCUGGUUCCGAUAUCGUGUUCGCCGUCGACUGCUCUGCCAGUACCAGAGGGCUCGUUCUGAUCGAGGAGAAAUCAGCAGUCACGCAAAUCGCAGAAGCUUUGUCUCCUGAGGCGAGGGCUACAUCGACAGUUCUGCCAUGGGAUUACUACGCUCACCCCGCGCUUGACGUGGCGCAAGUUGGUCUGAUCAAGUCCGGCAACGGUACAACGCCGACUGUUCUCAUCCACGACAACAAUUCCCAGGAAAGGUUGCAGAAAACAUCUAUCUGGUGCCUUAUUACGGACGGAGAGAUAGAGAGCGAAGAAGUGCACGACUUCGCAUCCGGGAUUGCAGAAGCUGGUCUUCACGGCAUUCCCUCUGUCGUUAUUCUUGCCGGUUAUACCGUUGAUCAACCGAUCGACUGCAACAUCUCAGUUGGCAAGGCUGUAUUUGCCCUUGCGUCAGAUUCGCUUUUCCUGUUCCACGAUGUUGAAUUUGGCGCAGUCUAUGUGAUGCAGAGCAAGGGUUGUUUCAAUGCCCUUCUUCCACCAGGACAGACCUCCAUUCCGUUGGACAACACCACCUCAUGGAAAGACUUACCGAAGAUUAACUACAAAUCUUUGGCGUCCGUCGUUAUCCCGAAAAAACGUCUUCUUUCCGAGGACACCAUCGUUCUUUCAAGUGGAAGGCAGCUCAAUCUUCAAGAUAUCUACAACGACAGCGUUGACGAUGAAACAGCACAUGAAAUUCUGAGCAACAAUGACAACCUGAGUACUGUGCUCUUGACCGCUUCAACCAGGGAUUGCAAAGAUCGUGUCAAAGCUUGGUUGAACGGGAGGCGCUUUCGGACGAACGACUCGAUGUGGGCACCUCGACCUGACACUGGGGACCGAAGCCUUAAACUCAUUUCUCAAAUCAUCGACACUCUUCGAGAAGACCCAGAGGCAGAAAUCAGCAAGCUCUCGAGCAGCCUUCGCUUGAGUUACACCCGGAGCUGGCAGCGCUUCUGUGCAUCUGUCGAUAUGAGAGAUAAAUUCGAAGAAAUCCGCCCUGACGUUGUAUCAGACGCGAUGCACUUCUUGAAUCUAGAUGAUAUGACACCGCACAGUCCCGCUAUACUAGGUCCAGCCUCUCCAGCUCUCGCUCGAUGCAGAAAUGAGCGGAAAGAUGAGCAACGUCCAGUGCGACUUUACUCUUACCCCGCCACCAAUACGGGCCGCGAAAGGCGACCCCGGGAGGGCAAACUGCUCUACACUCCUGGAUACCGAAUUCGGGAAUUCGGUGAUCACUACCGGGGCCAAUGUGCCAUUUGCGGUACACCGGACUCGAUAUUUGCCAUUCUUCUGAAGGCGGCUGCCUCCGACGACGAGACACCUGGGUUUCCAUCGCCGGAUGCCCGCGCAAAUCAUCUAUAUCCCAUGGUCCUUGGGGCGUAUCCGGAAACCGAUAUCAUAGCGCCUGAAGUGUACUGCGAGAUCUGUUCGUACUUCAUGACUCGAAUUGGACGGUCGCCGAAGAGCGACGAGAUCACCGGCUCCCUUCCACUCAUCUGCCUGAAGUAUUCCAACGCCCACGGCGCCCUGCAAUGGACAGAGACGAUCGCGAAUGCGUUGCAAAGAAGAUUCGACGACAACAUCGUGCUCCAGAUUUUUCUAUCUGCUCUGUAUUACACCAUUGAUGAUGUCUCCAUGGACACACCCACGACAUCCUUGAGUAAUGCAUUGAUGUGGGCCUGUCGGAGUUUAGUCAAGGUAGUCAGGAUUCCGGGCGAGCUCGUUGAAACUCCCAGAUCGGGAGCCCCGGAAGUCCUUGGCUUUGAGUACCUCCAGGACGUCUUGAAAGACCAGCUCGACAGCUUGCGAAAGAAAAGCAACCCACUCCUCAAUUAUCCAUUGGACGGGUUCGUGUCGCUCAUCCGCGCCGCUCUGGAUCUUACAUCUGUUUGUCAGAUGGAAAAGAUCAAAGAUGCUGUGUGGCUCCGCCUGCUGUUCACCCUCAUGGAGCACCAUUUCGAACUGCAAGCAAAGGAAGGCGAGAAGGUUGCGAGAGAAGCUCUGAACACUCUGCUCAUCGAGAAGCCAUCCGGGUAUUCACAAGCUGGACAAACGAGUAGCGCUACUGAAGACGGAGCCGACGAGUCCCCAGAUGAGUUGACGCCAAUGGGAGGAGGCGGAUCUCAGACUGCCAAUGGGAACCCCGAGCUGGUAAUUGAUACAAAGAAGACUUCGGUCUCUCUGGAAACCCUCCAGCAAACGCAUCUAUUUCCCCCCGACAUUCUGGAACAGUACCAGAGACUGGCAAGUGUGUUUCCUGAAAAGGAGGAGUGGUGUGCAAGAGCUAUCGCUGUCUUUUUACACGUCCUGUACAAGGAAUCACUCGGCAGCCGCAAUGCGACCAAUCUUUUUGGCGAACUCAAGAUGCAGCGGAGAUUGCGAAUGAUCUAUUGGGGACGGGAGAACGUGGAUCAACUGACUGCGGCGGAUAUGAUUUCAGUGAUCUACCGAAAGUAG